AUGACAGUACCUCCAUCAUCAUCAAUACCAUCACCAUCACAAUCAUCAUCAGAGAUACUACCUCAAUCAAAAAAAUUACAAGGACGUGAAUUUUAUAAUUCAAUAGGACAACCAAAAACCAUAGUAGCACCAAUGGUAGAUCAAUCAGAAUUAGCAUGGAGAAUAUUAUCAAGAAGAUAUGGAGCAGAAUUAUGUUAUACACCAAUGUUUCAUGCAAAAUUAUUUGUAACAAGUGAAAAAUAUAGACAAAAUAUGUGGGAUUUUACAAAGGAUGGAAAUUUUGAAAAUGAUAGACCAUUAAUUGUACAAUUUUGUGCAAAUGAUCCUGAUUAUUUAUUACAAGCUUCUAAAAUUAUUGAAAAUAAUUGUGAUGCUAUUGAUUUAAAUUUAGGAUGUCCUCAAGGUAUUGCCAAAAAGGGGAAAUAUGGUGCUUUUUUAAUGGAUGAUUGGGAUUUAAUUUAUAAAUUAAUUAAAAAUUUACAUGAUAAUUUAAAAAUUCCAGUUACUGCAAAAAUUAGAAUUUAUGAUGAUUGGGAAAAAUCUUUGGAAUAUGCAAAAAUGGUAUUAAAAGCAGGUGCACAAUUUAUAACUAUUCAUGGUAGAACAAGAGAUAUGAAAGGUCAACAAACUGGUUUAGCAAAUUGGAAAAUUUUAAAAUAUUUAAGAGAUAAUUUACCUAAAGAUCAAGUAUUUUUUGCAAAUGGUAAUAUAUUAUAUCCAAUUGAUUUAAAACGAUGUAUGAAUGAAACUUUAUGUGAUGCAGUUAUGUCAGCAGAAGGAAAUUUAUAUAACCCGGGAGUAUUUUGGACAAAAAAUAAUGAUAUAAAUAAACAAUUUCCAAGAGUUGAUAAAUUGCUUAGAGAAUAUUUUGAAAUUGUUAAAAGUAUAGAUACUUUAGCAUCAAGACAUUCAAUGAAAGCUCAUUUUUUCAAAAUAAUGCAUGAAUUUUUAAAUAUUCAUAAAGAAUUAAGACCAAUUAUAGGUCAAACAAGUGUACAUUCAUCAUAUGAUGAUUGGGAAAAAAUUGUAAUACAAGUUGAAGAAAUAAUAAAUAAAAUUUAUGAAAAUCCAAAUAUUAAAGAAAUUGAUAUAAUAGAAGAUAAUAAUAAAAUUGAAGAAUGGGGUGGAUCAUAUAAAAUAAUACCUUAUUGGAGAUGUCAACCAUAUUUUAGAAAAGUUGAUGGUGAAAAACAAAAUACAAGAUUAUUAAAAAUUGCUGGUGAAAAUGAUUUAGUUGUGACUUCUGAUGAAGCAAAACAAAAAAAAUUAAAAAGAGAAUUAGAAGAUGAUAGUAAUGAUAAUGUAGUUAGUAAGAAACAAGCUAUACCGAUUUGA